AUGGGGCAAGAAGUGAGUAAUGUAAUACAAUCCCACUUCUUGUUGAUUCACCUGGUGUAGAGCUAUCAGAGCUGGACUAUCAUAGGACAAAUGUUAUCAUAUGAUAAGGUAUCUCCAAGUGGCAUAAGCAUUAACCCUUUGGUUUGUCCUCUUUCAGAUGUAUGAAGACGCCUUGGCAGAGAAUGACAAGCUCAAGUCCCGGCUGGAUGACAGCAAACAGGAGCUGACCAAGAUACGCACCCAGCUGGACAAAGUCACCCAGGUACAGUAUACUAGGAGUGGGUCUGAUUGGCUGAUGACUAUCAGUCAUACAAUAGAGCCCCUCUCCAAAAUCGAUACUGCGCACAACACUGAGACUGUCCUGUAUAACCAUCUGUAGACCAUCUUAAUUAAGUUCAGUCUAGUUCACACGUCUCAACAACAUGCAUAUUGCAUUUUAGCAAUACAUUGUUCAAGGCAACUGCAAGCUGAUUAGAGAACGAACCAGUGUAUCCCCUACAAAGUUUUCAAACAUACUGUAUUUAAAAUUCAGUUUUAACCCACUGCAUUCUUUUUUUUCACUUUGUGAUAACAGUGCCACUCUGUCUUACAGAAACAGGACAGAAUAUCUGAAAGGUCCACUGUACUUGAAUCAGAAAAAAGGGUAUCUAUCACUUAUUAUAAAUCUUGAGGGCUUCUUUUUCUUUUUUUAUCUGCCUCAUCUACUUGAUUUCACCACUCCAAUUCUCUUUCAAUCCUGACAGCUUGAUGUCGACAUUUUCUUUCACUCACCUCUUUUUUUCUGAUCUCAGUCUCUUUUUUUCUGAUGUCGUCCAUGUCAUUUUACUGUAGUGUGUUGGUCUCUGUAUGUUAAUUCCACUAUGGGCUCAUUAUCAUGUGUGGGAAUCAAAAAAUUACUCUUAUCUUAACGUCCAUUAUGAUUCUGACCUGAACGACCUGUUCUAACAUUUCCCUUCCUCAGGAAAAACAGGCUCUGGAGAAGAGGGUAACAGACAUGGAGGAGGAGCUAAAGGUAAGGUCUCCACUGCAACAGGAAGGGGGGAGGUCAGUACAAGGCCCUGGUUGGUUAGCAUAGGCAAACAGGUGAAGGUGAGGUUGAGGGAGUAGGUCAAAGCUUCAGGCUCAUUACCCAGUAUCAUUCUGAGUAUCCCCUGCCAAGGUCAGGGCUCAGGAAAAGGAGUGAGAAACUCCAAGCUGCUGCUACAGUGACACACCCAGCAGUACAGCCUGCUGUCUGUCGUAGGCUACACAUAUUCUGCAUUUCAAAGAGCAAGGGGGAGAGCAAAACAGCAGCAGAAUAUCAUUCAGGACUGAAUAGAUGUGAACCUGAUGUAAGUCGGAACCACUUCUAGCAAUAUCCAAAGGUUAGGAUGACAACUCAGCAUGUGACACAGAGAUGUGAGACGGAAGACGGGAACAGAAUGUUUGACCCCAUGUUAUGACCCCAUGUUGCCUCAGCAGGAAGCUGCCCCAGUGAGAAAUUUCCGCUGUGGGUACCAGCCCUGAGCCCCGAGCAUGAGGCAGGCUGGCUCAGGGCCAGGGAGGGGGGACGGGACGGUGAGUGGUCUGGUCUGUACGCCACGGAGGAGUGAUUGACACCUGCCUGUCACCUCACCUCUUUAGAGACCUGGGCAUGAACACAUGUCUGUGCACACAAACAAACACACACAUUGCAUACGUUAGAGCACAUACACCAGAUACGUAUGUAAAGUCAUAUCCCCGCAGGCUGGCUGUAAUGUCAUUACAACCAGAAACUAGGUUGUUUGGACGUCAUUGCAACAAGUUUUGCUCACUGGGAUAGAGAUAUGCACAUACAACAUUAUACAGAUGCUUUUUCUCUAUUCACAUAUACUGGUGUGUUUCUACACUUUUCCCUGUGCCACAGUGUCUGUCCAAUGUGUGGAAAUUCUGGUUACUCUCUAUGGCUCUUUCUUCUUUUGGAUGAAGGGCUAGGAUUAUUUCUGUCAGCCUCUGAAACUCCAGCACUGGCAAAAUUUGUGAAUUUAUCUACAGGGCUUAGUGAAGUCAGCUCUGGUAGAUAUCAAAGAGUUCAAGAGCAUUAAAACAUCAUGAUGGAUAAUUAUGCAUUCUCUCUCAAUCUCACCCCUCUGGCUCCCUCCUCUCUCUUCUCUCUACUCUCUCUCUCCACUCCAAGAUACACUUUUUAAUAGUGGUCCUUCAGAACAGUGUGUUGUGAAAGGCUUACAGAGACAGCACAGAGAAACAGUCUGACAUAUCCAUGGAAUUUUCAGUCCGAGUAAAGGCAGACUUCAAAUGGUUUCCUCCAAAGUGCCCUGGGGUGUUAGCAGCUGGAUCUCCUCCAUCUCUUUCUCCCUAGCCUUCUCUCUUUCUCCCUAGCCUUCUUCUCCUCACUCGGCUUCUCUCUUCUCUUUCUCCCCAGCUUCUCUCCUCCCUUCAGGCUCAUCUUAACUUCUUCCCUUUCUACCUGACUUUCUUUUCCUCUCUGGGUUUCUGGGGAGAAGCCUCUGAGGCCACUCUCUGAGCCACAUGGGGCUCUACUUUCCUCUGUCUCUGUGUGUGCUACCUCCUUGCCUGCCUGUGGUUUUCCUUAGGAACGGCAUCAAACCACAUACCUCUCCACUGAUCCACACUGAUGUUUACCUCAAAGUCUUGCCAGGGAACCCAGGGAAAUUAAUCAUUUCCAUUGUCCUAUAACUUAUUGGGCUCUCUUACUUAUGGCUCAAAUUGAAUGUUAUAUUGAAAGUCCCCUGCCCUCUUCUCACCCCAGCAUGACUGACAAGCUAUGUAAUCCAUAUAGCACCUCCCCAGCCACUGCCUUUUAAAACUGCCCAGGUUUGUGGAGAGCAAACCUAAUGAUAGCUCCCUGCUGUGCUUAGCUUUUCUUUUGCAUAGAUGUCUCUUUUGACGAUUUAUUUCUUGUUUCCUUUUACAGUAUCUCUUUGUGUGUGAAUGUCAUUGAGGAGCUCCUCAGUGUGUACGUCUGCCUCUGUGCGUGAAUGCGUGUGUGUGUUUAUAUCUCUACCUCCUCCCUUGCACUGGCCUGCCCCCCUGCUCUCUCUUUCUAUCUCUCCUUCUCUCUGAAUUCCUGUGUGUAUAGGCCCUCUCUGUUCUGGCACUGCGGAGCGGCAACGAGCGUCUGCUGGCUGAGAACAGGGCCAUGCUGCGUGUCCUCGCCCGCCUCUCCGAGAUGGCCUCCCUGCCUGAGACAGAGGACCUCUAACCCCACUGUCCCCCAAGCCUCCACCUCUCUAUCCCUCCUCUCGCUCAGCCACACCUCCUCCACUGCCUUCCUCCUUCUGGUUCUCCUCCUGCUGCAGCUCCCCCUCCCCUCUCUGCUGCUGUACUCUUCUCAGGCAGGUUCCGCCCACCUCCCACUCUCACUCCUCCACCUUUGGCCUCUCUCACUCAUGUGGCAUACCUCUCUCUGACUCACUCUCCCAUAAAACCAAUGAAGGGCAACCCCCUAAAACCCCUUCCCCUAAAUGAUAUUGUGACCGCUGCCUUUAAAUCUAUUUUGAGCUACAUCCAUGCUGCAUAGGUGAAUUACUAGGCGGCGUAAAGACCAGGACAGUAGUGGUUGCAGCCUGACAUUUCUCCAGUGGUUAUUAUUACAGUAUAGUCAAGCGAGUCACUUAAUCAUCAGCUUGAACGAACCCAGAAACAGUCUGAACGCUGCUUGAGAGACUGCUGCAUGGCAUAGUGCCGAGGUCACCAAUGGAACCUUGUAGGGAUUAACAUGAUUGCAAUUUUCCAUUUCACAAAUCUGAAAUGUUCAUUGUUUGCCUCUUUUUUUGCCAGUGUCCAAUGUAAAGUGGCUGACAGGGAAUUUUACAUUUUAAACUAUUACGUUUGUCUCAAUCAUGUGGUAGUGGGAGUGGAAUGUGUAAUCUCAUUGGCAUCCAUUAACUCACUAAACCCUUUUCCACUGGCCCAAAAAACAUGUGCACAUUAGUGUGUGUGUGUACUACACACAGCUAUGUCUGAGACAGAGACAGAACAGGACAAACAGUCCUUGUUCUCCAGGGGCAUUCGCAGUAUGCACCGUCAAAUGUAAUGCAUAACAAUAUGCUGCUAUUUAAUUGUGGUAACUGGACUAGACAGGAGAGAAGAGAUGAGUGCAUCAUCGUCUGUGUUGGCUUUUUCAUGCAAGCAAAAAACGUUAUUGUUCAGUGCACUGUCUGUGGGGGAUGGGGGAGAUUUUGACAAAGAUUGUGGUUAUUUUUAAUCAUUACUCAUGCUGUGGGAGAUGACCUAGAUUGAGGAAGUUGACCGCCUUGCAUCUCUCUCCCUUUCGGUUCGCAGUUUGCAAAUAGAACCAUACGCCAAAUAAUGUCCCUACUUUUUGCACGAUCAUACUGUAUUGGCAUGCUCUCAUUGCUUUACAUCAUAUUUGGCUGAAAGCCAGUCUUUUGUCCAUCCUUUGCAUGUCAUGACUGUAGAGAUUGUAAGGUUCAAUCAUUUAGCAAUGAGUUCUUGGUGAUUAAAUAUUGAAUAUCAUUCUUAAUUUUCCUGAAAAUGAUAAACAAUGUUUAUAUCAUGUCUGUCAAUGUCCCUCAACAGAAGGAACAUAGACAAAAGACAAGGCAGUGUCACUUUCACAUAUUGUAUUUCUGUACACAGUAUGCGUCACCACUGUUCCUUGUAGUGAACUAGCUACCAUGACAAUCUAAUGCUGCUCUCUCUGUUCCUGUAGGUCUUGACAGAGCUCAAAUCAGACAACCAGAGACUGAAGGACGAGAACAGUGCUCUGAUCCGUGUCAUCAGCAAGUUGUCCAAGUAA